AUGUCGAACAAAGUUACCUCUGAGAAGCUCCCCAUUACUCUUUUAGAACAAAUUUCUUCUCAAAUAGGCCUUGAUAGCAAGCGAAAAUCACUCGCUGAAAAUUAUCUUUCUGAUUUCAUAGACCACGAUGAAACUUGGACUGAUAACAAAAGUGAAAGUGCUGUAAAAUGCGCCAUCUUAGCAGCAAGCAAAAGCACUUAUAUCAAUUCCUCGUCAGAAAGCUCCAUUCAGCUUGCUCCCGUAUCUUUAAAUGCCUUGCUAAGCGGAAGCUUAGCCUCGGAUAUUCAUUUUUCUUUAAAUAAUCUAAAUUUUAAAAAAAUAAAUGGUAAAGGGUAUUUUAAGGGAAAAAAAUAUAUCCAGACUUUUGUAAUCCGCCUUAAAGAGUUCAUAAAAGCUGUAAAUCUUGACGACCAGCCCAGAAGUGAAAUUCAUCGAAUUAUCAGUAAUUUUGCAUUUUCCUUAACUUUAUUUAACAAGUUUAAAGAAAUUUGGAACGCUCUUCAGAUCUCUGGGCCUGAUGAUAUAGUAGAACAAAUUAAAGAUAUGACAUGGAUUAUUUAUAUUUUUUUAUAUAAUAAUUUUCAUUUAUUAUUUUAUUAAUAAAUACUAAAAUAAAUAGGAAUUUUUAGACAGAAAAGAAUAUAUUUUAUCAAAAAUCAAUUUAUUGCAAAGAAGAACUGAAAUUAUAGAAUGCGCCUGUAUGAUGCUGGGGACUUUACAGUUUAUGCUUAUGAACUUGUCCAGUGAAAUUUCCACAAAAGCACCGAUUAGUGACCAAGAUGCGUGCUUAAAAUACCUGUGUGGGCUGCUGAGAGCUCAGCCUGAACAAGUGAAUGUGUCAGCUUCACAUGUGAUGCUGAUGAUAGAGAAGUUUAAAGAGCACCAAGUGAUAAGAGGAAACCAGCAGAAUUCAAGGAACAUUGAAGGAAUUUUUUCAAGCUCGCAUAUACAAUUUAACUUGCAAAGUUUAAAUUUAUACCUUUUAAAGGUAUUUUUAGCUUAAUCGUUUUUUCAAGCAACUUAAUCAAUUUUUGUGUAUUUUUUGGGAAAAUAAUUAAUUAGGGUUUAUAUUAUAUUUUCCAUAAUAUUAAAUUAAGCCCAUAAAAAAAAAAAAAAAUCAUAUAUUCUGAAUAAAAAAUUUAUAUUAAUUUAGCUUAGACUGUUAUAUACAAAAAUUACUCCCUGAUGAUUUUGACGAAAGGAGUUUUCUCAGCAAACCUGAAAGCCUCGCUGCCAAAGCACUAUCAGAUUACUCAAUCAUAAAUAAUGGCAACCAAAGAUUUGUGAACCAAAGAGUAAUCGAAUUUGAAGACAACGAUCAAAUAUCAAUAAACUUAAAGCUGCAAGACAUUUUAAGGCUAAACAACCCAGUAAACUCCCCAAGAGGAUCCUUAUUAUACCCUUUAUCCACCCCAAUGACCUCCGCUAUUGAGCUCGAAACUUGGCUAAAUUCCCACACAGACGAACUUAACAGUGAGCUCCCUCACGAAAUUAAAAGCAAGCUUGGGACUGAGACCUCAAAUAUGGUCAAAAAUCUAUUAGAAGAAUUCAAAAUAAACCUAGAAGAUCUUUUAGAGCGGUACGGUCUUGGAAGAUCAGACACCUCAGCAUUUAUUGCAAGGCAUUUCAACGAAAGCACCAAAGCGGAAAGAAAACAGACAAAUUUGCGGGUAGAAAUGACCUUAAAAUUGUUCUAUAAAGCACUAGGGGAACUGAUGAAAAUUGAAGAAAGGCAGCUGGAAUUGAGAUCAGAAUCAAGAGACAACUAUACAAAUGUACUGAGGAAUGAAAGCUUUUAUAGGGCUUUAUUGUCGUGCUGUCUCCAAACAAUUCUAUUUGUGUAUAAUACACUUACGGUUGAUUUUGAAGAAGUUUUGGCUCUAUGCAAAAUCACUGCUUUUGAUUUUUGGAAAUUAAUGAAAAAUUUUAUUGAUUUUGACCCAAAAAUUCCGACAUCAAUUCGGCAUUAUUUCAAAGUCCUUGAAAUGAAAAUUAUCUCUUUUCACGCCUGGCGUGAAAAUUCUCCUAUUCAUGGAUUAAUAAAGCAGCACUUAGAUAGCAAAGAGUCUACAAAUCAUCCAGCUGUGCUCAUUUUUUAUAUAGCCCAGAAGUCUUUUGGCUUGGAUUUCUGAUAUUUCCUGACGGAAAGAGGGAGUUAGUUUUUUUCCAGCUUCCCAAGCGGUAGAAACCUUGUUAUAUGUGGUUCUGUAAUGUAGAAAUUGGCCAAGCCAGCAUUGAUUGGUUUGACCAACCCCUUCUUUAUAUUCGCAAAGAUCAGUAUCCUGAGCCAAAAGUGUGCUAGGGCUAUAGACGAUUUUUGGUUUACUGUGUAAACAGAGUCGUGGAUUUAUCAAAUUUAUUUGGGCUGCAGGAUCAGAUAAAAGAAGAAAUUUGGACAGUCUUGAAAAGCGUGAUUAUAGAAGCUAUUGAGAUGCUGGUAGAUAGACAAAUUGAUCAGAUUAUUUCAUGCACAAUUUAUGGGGUUUGUAAAGCAAAAAGCUUAAAUAUUAUGCUGGAUUGUAGUAAUUUGGGAAGAUUUAUAGGUUUAUUUGUAUGAAAAAUAAUAUAAUAAAGGAUUUAAUAGAGAAAAGAAUACUUUUAAUACUUUGAUUUCAAAGUAUAUGGAGUUUUAUAAUGACUCUGGGACCAUUUUUAGACAGGUCAGGCUGUCUGGGACACACAACUUUGGGGAUAUUAUAAAAUUUUAUAAUGAAGUUUACCUACGACACAUGAAAACUCAUUUGCGUAGCAUCAGUAGGCCACUAGCUACCAUAAAUAUCCCUCAAAAUCAGCCAAUCUCUUUAUUUUCUCAAAAUAUCCAAAAUGUACCUUCAUCUUUGACUUCCUAUUACCAUCAAUAUACAUUAAAAUGGCGACACGUGUCGACCUGCCCUAUUGGCGCAGCAGUCCAGACCUUAUGGCUACGGCGAACUGGGACGGACUCCGAGCCGAGAAUCUAGUGCAGGCUCAGAGGUGUGUAUCCGGGUAGGUUUUGGUUGCUUUCCUAUGAUUGGAAAUGGAGGUGCUCAACAGUGUCCUUUGGAUCCGAGGACCCAUGGGCAUUCCUCAACGAGAAACUGGGGGUUUCGGUCCAAGCCACAGGGGAACAGUCUUUUUCCUGUAGCUGUCGAAGAAAGGCACUUCGACACCCGAUAGACUCCAAAGAGUUGGUCUUUGAAAUCAAGCUACUCCAAUCGCCCGUAGCAAGGCCGCAGAUAUCCAUAAGCCGCCCACUCAGACUGAAGCCUCAAGGCAAGGAGGAGACAGAAGGUACCGGAAGGGCACUCGUAAAAGGGAUAGACCCUUGGGCUGGAGUCGAAAAGCGUUAGAACCUCCCGUAUGGGAGGUCUUUGGUGACUGCGUCACCAAAAUGGCUAGCGCCUGACUUUAAUAAUCCUAAUCCUAUAUUACCAUCAAUCUCCAAGCAGAAAUUUAUCAAUAAACCAAUCUCCAUUGGUCUCUCCUUUUGCAACUCCAAGCUCCAGAAGACUUUACGCAUUUGGGGAAUCCCCAGCCUCAACUCUUAACAAUAUAUUCUUCUUAAUAUGAUUAAUUAUUUUAUAUUUUAUUAAAUAUUUUAUUAUUUAUUCAAAAAAAUUAUUAUAAAUUACAUGAUGAAAAAAACUGACAAGCAGCUGAAUUUUGAUGAGGACGAAAUAAUCCCUGACAUCCCAACCAAGCGGCCAAGACACGUCAGUGAAAUUUUUGAAGAUCCUGAAGAAAUUAGUAUGAACUUGCCUGACGAAUUCCCAGGAUUUAAAGACAAGUAA